AACACGUCUUCUAGUUGUCUUGUCCUGUUGGUUCUGCUGAAUUUCUUAGUUGAAAUGAAAUAAGCCUAGAUCUAGAAUCUAGGUCUAAUAUUUUUUUUAAGGUUCAUAAUUAAUUAGACAUAGGCCUAGGACGGCUCCAAUUAAAACUAACCGAUGUUCUGUUUCUAGAAGGAUGUUCUAGGAUACCACAUCAUUAUUGUGUUGUCCAGUAUUGUGAGUGGGCUCUGGAACUCACAAUGAUGAAAUAAUUUUGAGAAUUUAAAUUUGAGUGAAUCAUUUGUUUUUUGCUGAUGCAGCAUGAGUAUACUAAAUAAACCAAACAAACAAGCGCAGUCCUUAAACCAAGCAAGACUUGAGAAGUGGACUAACAGGGAACUACAACUAACAAUCUUACAUGAGGAAAUAAUCAACAAAAGAGAAGCUUUAUUAAGGACAUCCAAAAAUUUUCUUCAGAAAACUCCCCUACAAGAUCUCCCUCUGAAUAAUGUGGAUGCAGCUAUUCGUAAUGAUAGAUUAUUAAAGGAUAUCAAUCAGGUGGAGGCAGUUUUAAAUGACAGUUUGUUUGAAGCACAGAGUCCUAAAUUUGCUUAUCUCCAGGCUAACUACUGGUCAAUGGUGAAAAAUAUGUACCCCAUCUGGCAGAAAUCAUUAGAUGAAGUAUGAAUGUUGAAUUGUUUUAUUUAAAUAUAAUAUAUAUGUGGAAUAAAAAAAUAUUAAAUAUUAAUA